AAAAGUGAAUGCACCUGGCAAAGCAUCAGGGUAUCAGAUUCCCAUUGCCGAAGAUAAGCAGCCAUAAUUAGCAUGCUUUCGCUUUGAUUGGUAACCGCUAGUAUCUUAUUUUUAAGCUUCAAGAACGCGUAUCGGGUUGUUUCCUCGAUUGGAGUGAGGCACCCGUUGCCAUAUAAUCUCGGCCAUGGCUCAAUUCUCAUGAUGAUCUCAGAAUAAUAUCUUAUCCAUUUUUUCGAUUGCAUCUCAGAAUAUGGCUUCAGAGUACGACUUUAUCAUCGUUGGUGGUGGAACAGCAGGCUUGGUCCUAGCGAAUCGACUUUCCGAAGAUCCCAAUAUACAAGUUCUCGUCCUCGAAGCUGGAGAGAAUCUCAUCGAUGACACCAAGAUCAAAGUCCCGGGCGCAAUGGCCACUAAUCUUGGAGGACGUGCCGAUUGGGGUUUCAAGACCACACCACAACAAGAGCUCAAUAGCAGACAAAUCAGCUUGAACCAAGGUAAAGCUUUGGGUGGUUCAAGUGCAAUCAAUGUGAUGAUGUAUGUCCCUCCAUCAAAGACUGUCACCGAUGCCUGGAAAACUUUGGGCAACGAUCGCUGGGGUUGGGACGCAAUGAAACCAUACUUCGCGAAAACAUUCUCGGUGGAAAAUGUACCAAACUCAACGAAACAGCAAUUGGGCAUUACUUGGCCCGACAAGUCCUUUUCUGGACCCAUUCAGACAUCUUUCUACUAUACACCAGAAAGUCUGGUUGCCAAAGCAUGGCAAGAAACGCUUGAUAGUAAAGGGCUUCGGAUGAACUCAGACCCAUUCUCUGGGGCAGGGAGUGGCGCAUUUCCUGCAUUAAGAAGCAUUGACCCAGCGACGGGCAAGCGUAGCUAUUCUGCAUCAGCAUAUUAUGCAACCGUUGCGACUCGGCAAAACCUCCACGUCUUGACUGGUUGUCUGGUUGAGAAAAUCAUUUUCGAGAACAACGACUCCGAAGUCGUAGCGACCAGCGUUCAAUUCUCACAAAAAGAUCGAAACGUCAUCAUCCAGGCAUCCAAAGAAGUUAUUCUUGCAGCCGGCGCUCUUCAAUCCCCCAAGAUUCUCGAACUCUCUGGAGUUGGCAACAAGGACCUGCUUGAAAGCCACGGUAUCAAACUUUUGGUUGACAAUCCUCAUGUAGGAGAGCAUCUCCAAGACCAUCUCAUGAACCGCUUUGUUAUCGCCGACGAAGAUCCCGGUGAGGAAACACUUUUCGACACCGAUCUUUCACCAAUCGACGCAGCAUUGGCCUCGUACAUCAAACAAAACCCAGGGCAUACCGUUAUCGAAGGUAUCUCCUCAAUCGCAUAUCUUCCUCUUGUUGACCUCCUCAACCCAGCCGGUGCCACAACUCUCAAAUCACUCUUCGAUGCUUACCCUGCAGUAUCGGAUCCAAAUUUCCCACUCGCAAAGCAGUACUAUGACAUUGCACGAUCAUGCCUAGAAACCGAAGGCGAAGCAUCAGGCGCUUACAUCAAUGCAAUAUUUAAGACCAUCGGACUGGACCCCAAAAAAGCUGUUGCGAUUAGCUUCACACUUUCUCAACCACUUUCUCGAGGAAGCGUCCACAUCUCUUCUCCUAACCCAAAAGAUGACCCAAUCAUCGAUCCAAAAUACUUCUCCCACCCUCUUGAUCUCGAGUUAUACGCUCGUCAUCUUUCGUGGCUGUCUUCACUCCUCACCUCUCCUUCUCCAAUCAAUUCAUGCAUUACGGCCAUCAACACCGCAAGUGGGAAACACAAUCUGGAGCACUACUUUACGGAUUUGAAUGUAGCGAAAGAGUAUGUAAGGAGGACAGGGACGAGUAUGUGGCAUCCUACGAGCACAUGCGCGAUGCUACCGAGAGAGAAAGGAGGUGUCGUGGAUGAGAGGUUACGGGUUUAUGGGGUGAAGGGCUUGAGGGUUGUGGAUGCGAGUGUGAUGCCGUUGAUUACGAGGGGAAAUACGCAGGCUACUGUUUAUGCUGUUGCUGAGAAGGCUGCGGAUUUGGUGAAGGAGGAUUGGGGACUCUUGAGUAGAGCCGUGUAGAUUGUUCGGAAACUUCACAACAAUUUCACGUCGAGGCAUUUUCCAGUCUAUCCUCAACGGAGCAUCUGAAUAACGAUUGUUUAACUCAUGCCAUUUAAACUCGCGAUCCUUCUGUCAAUCAGUAACCCUUUCUCCGCUCAUGAAAUAGCAAGGAUUGCAACGGCUGCAACCGCUCUGAUUCGUGAGCGCAACGCCACUCGCAAGUUCUUGCAACUUCAAAAUAUCGGACUUCCGAUGCAU